GUUCGUAUUUUUCUCCUAUUGGAUAUUUGUGUUGUCUACCAAAAAGGCACUUGGCAACCGUAUCCCUUCAGACAGAGGACGGAGUUGUGGGAUGCAGUGCAAAAGGCUGCACUGUAGGGGUUGGGUUAUCAGGUUUUUCUUGAGCUCUCUGUGUGUCAGAGUGAAUUACAAGUAAGAGUCAUGUUGAGGGACACCAUGAAAUCUUGGAAUGAGAGCUCAGACGUCUACAGCAGUGACCAAGAGGAAGAAGAAGAGGAGGAGGAAAUGAUAUUUGGAGAAAAUGAUGAUGAUCUUGAAGAACUUAUGGAUCUUAGUGAUCUCCCAAUGUCUCUCUUUGCAUGUAGUGUUCACGAGUCUGUUUUUGAGUUAGAAGAACAGAAGGAACGAUUUCAAGCACUUUUCACAAUAUAUGAUGAGCAGGUCUCAUUCCAGAUGUUCAAAAGCUUUAGAAGAGUAAGAAUUAACUUCAGCAAUCCUGAAGCAGCAGCACGGGCUAGAAUUGAGCUGCAUGAGUCUGAUUUCAAUGGAAAGAAGUUAAAAUUAUAUUUUGCACAGUUGAAACAUGGCCCCUUUUCAUGAGGACUGAGGACGGAGUGUGCCCUUAGUGUGUCAGCAGUGUGUGUAGCAGUGCUAUAUAAGGAUUAUUACAAAUCCAAUAAAAAUAAGCUUAUGGGGAAA